GUCUGUGGGAAAGGAUUCACUCUGUCAUCCACCCUACAGAGACACCAGCGAGUUCACACUGGGGAGAAGCCGUUCACCUGCUCAGUCUGUGGGAAAGGAUUCACUCUGUCAUCCACCCUACAGAGACACCAGCGAGUUCACACUGAGGAGAAGCCAUUCACCUGCUCAGUCUGUGGGAAAGGAUUCACUCUGUCAUCCACCCUACGGAGACACCAGCGAGUUCACACUGGGGUGAAGCCAUUCACCUGCUCAGAAUGUGGGAAGCGAUUCACUCGGUCAUCCACCCUACAGAGACACCAGCGAGUUCACACUGAGGUGAAGCCAUUCACCUGCUCAGUCUGUGGGAAAGGAUUCACUCUGUCAUCCACCCUACAGAGACACCAGCGAGUUCACACUGAGGUGAAGCCAUUCACCUGCUCAGUCUGUGGGAAAGGAUUCACUCUGUCAUCCACCCUACAGAGACACCAGCGAGUUCACACUGAGGUGAAGCCAUUCACCUGCUCAGUCUGUGGGAAAGGAUUCACUCUGUCAUCCACCCUACAGAGACACCAGCGAGUUCACACUGAGGAGAAGCCAUUCACCUGCUCAGUCUGUGGGAAAGGAUUCACUCUGUCAUCCACCCUACAGAGACACCAGCGAGUUCACACUGGGGAGAAGCCGUUCACCUGCUCAGUCUGUGGGAAAGGAUUCACUCUGUCAUCCACCCUACAGAGACACCAGCGAGUUCACACUGAGGAGAAGCCAUUCACCUGCUCAGUCUGUGGGAAAGGAUUCACUCUGUCAUCCACCCUACGGAGACACCAGCGAGUUCACACUGGGGUGAAGCCAUUCACCUGCUCAGAAUGUGGGAAGCGAUUCACUCGGUCAUCCAACCUACAGAGACACCAGCGAGUUCACAGUGGGGAGAUGCCGUUCACCUGCUCAGUGUGUGGGAAAGGAUUCACUGACUCUUCCACCCUGCAGAGACACCAGCGACUUCACACUGGGGAGAAGCCGUUCACCUGCUUAUUCUGUCGGAAGAGAUUCACUCAGUCAUCCACCCUACAGAGUCAUCAGCGAGUUCACACUAGAGAGAGGCUCAGAAUGUGGGAAAGGAUUCACUCAGUCAUCCCACCUCUUGGCACACCAGUCAGUUCACAGUAAGGAGAGGCCAUUGUUAUGAAUCCUUUGGUUUUGUUUGCUGUAGACUGUCAUUUUAAGAGAGAGAGAGAGAGAAAUUAAGAAGGUGAAUCAGUCUGACUUGCAGCUUGUUUACAUUGCUCGCAGCUUGUUUAGUUUUAACUGAGGACACAGACACUCAGAGUCAGACGGAGACAAAGGAGGAAAAAUGGAAGGAUCAAAACCAGGGAACUAGUAGCCAAGGAUCACUUUCCUUCGCUCACUAGUAGCCAAGGAUAACUUUCCUUCGCUCACAAGGGUGGGCUAAUUAUCGAUUCACCGUACAUCGAAUGUGUGGUUGUCACCUCAUUUGUUCCACAGGAGUGGAUCUGAUUUGGGAUAUCCUGUGGAGACGACUUAUGUGUUAACCCUUGCCUGGCUGUGGCGUGGUCAUUCAUUUGAUGAUACCCCUUAUGACAAUUCACUUUAGGUGAUAAUUCGUAUGUACAUUUGUAAAGAUGAUGGAUAAAAUCUAGAGCGACUGUUCUCUCUUUUUACCACCAUGGAACCUGUGGAAUACAACAUAAUUGCCUUCUCUCAACAUUUACCCUGGAUUACAAAAAUAUCUCUCUCACAUCACCUAUUCUGUGAAUUAAUUGAACUUUAAUACUUUAACAUCUCCAGACUCCAAGCCUUGUUUCCCCUGAGCUCAGAAGUUUGGGAGUUAUAUUUACACACAUACAUACACAUAACACUCAUGAGGAAAUCUGCAGAUGCUGGAAAUACAAACACAAAAAAAAUGCUGAUAGAACACAGCAGGCCAGGCAACAUCUAUAGGGAGAAGCACUGUCGACGUUGUGGGCCGAGACCCUUCGACAGUACUAACUGAAAGAGAGUAAGAGAUUUGAAAGUAAUGGGGGGAGGGUGAAAUGCAAAUGAUAGGAGAAGACCUGAGGGGGUGGGGGUGAAGCUGAGAGCCGGAAAGGUGAUUGGCAA